AUGGCCUUGAGAAGCCCUAAGAGCGGAAAUAGCACAGAGUUUCACUACUGGGGAUACUCCUUCCACUGGACUGACCUUCACUCAUCUGCCAAUGACCUCAGGCCCCUGGCCUACACCUGUGAUACAUUAGCUGACGAGUGUGUUGAGCGAUUAAAUAUAUUCCUUUCGAAUGACGGUACCGAUAAACGACCGUUCAAGAAGGAUCUCUACGGCCUGUUGCGAGAUCAUGCGGAUGAUGACCCCAAACUCAAGGAGCUCUGGACUGAGAUCAAUACAGUCCCAAAGUGGGUUGACUGGGAUCAAAUCCAACGAGGUCAAGAUGUUUUCUUCCGAUAUGGACUUCCGAUUCUCAACGUGCUCAGCUUCGAAAGCUUGCUUGGUGGAAUGGGAGCGAUCCGGGUCGUCGAAACCCUCGCACGAACAGGUGGUUUCGGUGCCAAGGUAGUACGUCGAAGGCUCCUCGAGACUCUCCAACACAUUCUCCAGGUCAAUAGCUCAGUAGAAGGAAUGAAACCCGGCGGCGAGGGCCACGUAUCAUCCGUCCGAGUCCGGUUGCUUCACUCGUCCGUCCGCAUGAAGAUCCUUGCUCUUGUCGAACAACAGUCUAACUACUACGAUGCCGACAAAUUCGGGAUCCCGGUCAAUGAUCUGGACUGCAUAGGCACAAUCAAUACGUUUUGCAGCUCGGUGGUAUGGUUGGGACUUCCACGACAGGGUAUCUACCUGAGCCAGCAAGAGAUCAGGGACUAUAUCGCACUGUGGAGACUCGUUGCUUACUACAUGGGUACUCCAACGGAACCUUUCGAGGACACGGCUAAGGCUCGUGCUAUGAUGGAAUCACUUCUGAUUUCUGAAAUUGAUCCUACUGAAAUUGGAAAAGUUUUGGCAAAGAACAUCAUUCUUGGGUUGGAGAAUACGGCGCCGGCUUAUGCGUCGAAAGAGUUCAUGGAGGCGAUGACUCGACUACUCAACGGAGAGCUGUUGUCUGAUCAACUCGAGAUCCCUCGGUCUAACUUAUACUAUCGCAUCUUGAUAUGGGGAUAUUGCUUCUGGGUCAUGGCUGUGUCAUACAUCAUUCCGCGGAUAUAUUUCCUGGACAAGAUCACGAUUGCGCUUCGUCGAAAGUACUUCUACAAGCUGAUUCUUGACAAGAAUAUGGGUCUAGGUGAGGAGUCGCGCUUCGACUUUAAAUAUGUACCUACUCUCACUCGAACCACUCGCCUUGGGCAGCGCAGAAGUACCAAAUUUGAACGGCCUGGCAUCGAAAGCUUGGCUCGCCUGGGUUUGCUGUGCGCUUUUGUAGCAGUGGUCACGUUGGGCAUGGGAUUUGUCUUUGUAGCGAGGACAAUAAUCCCAUCCCAUCAACUUUUCUCCGUCGUUCGCGCUUGA